AUGGUCACAGGUUUCAGCCCCACCAUGGCUGAGACCGCAGCCCCCUUCAGUACCUUGGUUGGAAACCUCUUUGCCCCUGUGACCAUGUCUGGGAUGUCCACCUGGGCCUGUGAGAUCCAGGACCUGACUCAGCAUAGGUCUCCUUUUACCUCCACUGCAGCUGGGGUUCCUGCCUUGAUACCUUUCACUGUCAACGUCACCAUCACUAACCUGCACUACAUGGAGGACAUGGGCCACCCAGGCUCUGGAAUAUUCAAUGCCACUGAGAGGACCCUGCAGCAACUGCUGGAGGUCUUGUUUGAGAACAGCAGUGUUGGUUCCCUUUAUGCUGGUUGCAGGCUGACCUGGCUCAGGGCUGAAAAGGGUGGCACAUGCACCAGAAUGGAUGCCGUCUGCACCUUCCACCCAGACCCCACACUGGACAGAGAGCGGCUGUAUUGGGAGCUGAGCCGGCUGACCCGUGGUGUUACCCGCCUGGGCUCCUACACCCUGGACAGGGACAGUCUCUACAUCAACGGUUAUAACCAUCGGAACAGGACUCCCACCACGAGCCGUCCUGUGACCACAUUUUCCCCAGAAUCCCCAACAUCUGUGACCUCCACUCCCAGACCUACAGCUGUGGGCCCAGUCCUGAUGCCAUUCACCCUCAACUUCAUAAUCACCAAUCUGCAUUAUACGCCAGAUAUGGGGCACCCAGGCUCCUGGAACUUCAACUUCACGGAGAAGGCCCUGAGUCGCUUGCUGGAGCCCUUGUUCAAGAACACCAGUCUUGGAUCCAGUUACUCGGGUUGCAGACUGACCUUGCUCAGACCUGAGAAGAAUGGGGCAGCCACUGGCGUGGAUGCUGUCUGCACCUACCGUCCUGACCCCACGGGUCCCAGUCUGCGCAGAGAGCAGCUGUACCAGGAGCUGAGCCAGCUGACCCAUGAUAUCACCCAACUGGGCCUCUUCACCCUGGACAGGAGCAGCCUCUAUGUCAAUGGUUACAACAGGCCGUAUUGGACCCCUCCCACCAGCACUCCUGUGACCUCCACACUCCUCCCAAAGACCCCAGUGGUGCCAACCAACAUCACCAGCUCCACAGUGGCUGUCCCCUUCCUGGUGCCCUUCACCCUCAACUUCACCAUCACCAACCUGCAAUAUGAGCAUGACAUGCAGCGCCCAGGCUCUUGGAAGUUCAACAGCACGGACAGCAUCCUGCAGGGUCUGCUCAAACCCUUGUUCAAGAAUAGCAGCCUGGGAUUCCUCUACUCGGGCUGCAGGCUAGCAUCACUCAGGUCUGAGAAGGAUGGGGCAGCCACCAGAGUGGACGCCAUCUGCAAACAUCGCCCUGACCCUAAAGGCUUGGGACUGCAGAGAGAGCGGCUGUACUGGGAGCUGAGCCAGCUGACCCACGGCGCCACUCGUCUGGGACCCUAUAGCUUGGACAGGGACAGUCUCUGUGUGGAUGGUUUCACCCACAGGAGUUCUGCAACCAUCACCAGCAGUUCUACCCCACGGACCUUGGCUUCCACUCCAGGCUUUGCUGUGACUUCUGCUGCCAUCCCAGUCCCCACAGUAGCUGAAUCCUUCCUGGUGCCCUUCACACUCAACUUCACCAUCACGAACCUGCACUAUGAGGUCGACUUGAGUCGCCCUGGCUCCUGGAGCUUUAACAGGAUGGAGAAGAUCUUGCAGAGCCUGCUUGGGCCCUUGUUCAAGAACACCAGUGUUGGCCCCCUGUACUCUGCCUGCAGCCUGACCUUGCUCAGGUCAGAGAAGGAUGGGGCAGCUACAGGCGUGGAUUCCGUCUGCACCUACCACUCCCACCCCACAGGCCCUGGGCUGGACAGAGAGCGGCUGUACUGGGAGCUGAGCCAGCUGACCCAUGGUGUCACUCAGUUGGGCCCCUACACCUUGGAUCAGGGUAGUCUGUAUGUCAAUGGUUACACCCACCGGAUCCUGGCCACCACCCUGAGGACUUCUACGGUGGCCACCAUUUCCUCCCCAGCUGCGGCUGCCAGCCCUGCCGUGGUGCCCUUUACCCUCAACUUCACCAUCACAAACAUGCCCUACGUGACAGACAUGCAGCCCGGCUCUGCGAAGUUCAACUCCACAGAGUCAAUCCUACAACACCUGCUCAAGCGCUUGUUCAGCAGCAGCAGCCUGGGUUCACUUUACACUGGAUGCAGACUGACAGCACUGAGACCUGAGAAAGGUGGAACUGCCACUGGAGUGGACACCAUCUGCACCCACCGUCCUGACCCUGCAGGCCGUGGGCUGGACAGGGAACAGCUCUACUGGGAGUUGAGCCGGCUGACCCAUGGUGUCACCCAGCUUGGCUCCUACAUCCUGGACAAGGACCAUCUCUACAUCAAUGGUUACACCAGACCAGUCUUGACUUCUGUGCCCAGUGUUGCUGUGGCCCUCUCUUUGGGAACCUCAGCUGCUCCAGCCUCUUCCCUCAGCCCCACAGCUGCUGGCCCUGCCCUGGCGCCCUUUACUCUUAACUUCACCAUCAACAACCUGAAUUAUACGGAGGACAUGCAGCCUCCAGGCUCUGGGAAGUUCAACAAAAUAGAAAAAGUUCUCCAACGCCUGCUGUCGCCCUUGUUCAAGAGCAGCACUGUUGGCUCGCUCUACUCUGGCUGUAGACUGACCUUGCUCAGGCCCAGGAAGAAUGGGGCAGCCACAGAGGUAGAUGCUGUCUGUACCUACCGCCCAGACCUUAUGGGCCCCAAGCUGGACAGAGAGCAGCUGUACUGGGAGCUGAGCCAGCUGACUCAUGGUGUCACUCGGCUGGGCAACUACACCCUAGACCAGGACAGUCUCUACGUCAAUGGUUACACCCACAAGGCCGCAGCACCCAUCCCUGGGGCCACAGCACCAUCCCUGGUGCCAUUCACCCUCAGCUUCACCAUCACCAACCUGCCCUAUGCGGACGGCAUGCAGUCUUUAGGUUCCUGGAGGUUCAACACCACGGAGGAGGUCCUGCAGGGCCUGCUUGGGCCCUUGUUCAGGAACACCAGCAUCGGCCCUGUGUACUCUGGUUGCAGACUGACCUUGCUCAGGCCCAGGAAGGAUGGGGCAGCCACAGAGGUGGAUGCCGUCUGCACCUAUCGCCCUGACCGCACAGGCUCCAAGCUAGACGCAGAACGGCUGUACUGGGAGCUGAGCCAGCUGACCAGUGGUGUCACCCGCCUGGGCAACUACACCCUGGACCAGGACAGUCUCUACAUCAAUGGUUACACCCACCAGGCCACAGCACCCAUCCCCGGGGCCACAGGACCACCCUUGGUACCAUUUACUCUCAGCUUCACCAUAAUGAACCUGCAGUACACGGAUGGCAUGCAGCCCGCAGGCUCCUGGCAGUUCAACACCACAGAGAAGGUCAUGCAGCGCCUGCUUGGGCCCUUGUUCAGGAAGACCAGCAUCGGCCCCCUGUACUCCGGCUGCAGACUGACUUUGCUCAGGCCCAGGAAGGAUGGGGCAGCCACAGAAGUGGAUGCCGUCUGCACCUACCGCCCUGACCUUAUGGGCCCCAAGCUGGACAGAGAGCAGCUGUACUGGGAGCUGAGCCGGCUGACCCAUGGUGUUACCCGCCUGGGCAACUACACCCUGGACCAGGACAGUCUCUACGUCAACGGUUAUACCCAUCAGGCUGCAGCACCUACCUCCAGGGCCCCAGGGCCACCCCUAGUGCCGUUCACCCUCAACUUCACCAUCACCAACCUGCACUAUGCAGAGGGCAUGCAGCCUCCAGGCUCCUGGAAGUUCCAAAGAACAGAGAAGCUCCUGCAGCACCUGCUCGGGCCACUGUUCAAGAACACCAGUGUUGGCCCCGUCUACUCCAGUUUCAGACUGACCUUGCUCAGGCCGAGGAAGGACGGGGCAGCCACAGAAGUGGACGCCGUCUGCACUUACCGCCCUGACCCCACGGGCCCCAAGCUGGACAGAGAGCGGCUGUACUGGGAGCUGAGCCGACUGACCCACAGCGUCACCCGUCUGGGCAACUACACCCUGGACCAGGACAGUCUCUAUGUCAAUGGUUACACUCAUCACACUACAACCAGCACCACCAGUGCCACAGAACCAGCCCUGGUAGCCUUCACUCUCAACUUCACCAUCACCAACCUGCUCUACACAGAGGCCAUGCAGCCUCCAGACCCCUGGAAAUUCAACACCACAGCAAGGUUCCUGCAGAGCCUGCUUGGGCCCUUGUUCAGGAACACCAGCAUCGGCUCCCUGUACUCUGGCUGCAGACUGACCUUGCUCAGGCCUGAGAAGGAUGGAACAGCCACCAGAGUAGAUGCCAUCUGCACCUACCGAGCCCACCCCACAGACCCUGGGCUGGACAGAGAGCAGCUGUACUGGGAGCUGAACCUACUGACCCACGGCGUCACCCAGCUGGGGCCCUAUGCCUUGGACCAAGACAGUCUCUAUGUCAAUGAUUACACCUAUGGAGCCAUGGCCCCAACUACCAGCACUGAUGAGGUCAGUGAGGAGCCCUUCACGCUGAACUUCACCAUCAACAACCUGCGCUACUCUGCCAACAUGGGCCGCCCUGGCUCCCUCAAGUUCAACAUCACAGACACCCUCAUGCAGCACCUGCUCAGCCCCUUGUUCCAGAGGAGCAGUCUGGGUGCCCGAUAUGCUGGCUGCAGGGUCAUCAUGCUAAGGUCUGUGAAGAACCAUGCCCAUACACAGGUGGACAUCCUGUGUACCUACCGCUGGCCCCCUGGCAGCCCGCGGUUGUCUGCCAAGCGCGUGUUCCAUGAGCUGAGCUGGCAGACCCGAGGCAUCACCCAGCUGGGCCCUUACUUCCUGGACAAAGACAGCCUGCACAUCGACGGUUACAAUGAACGUGGGCCAGAUGAGCCUCCUACAACUCCUGAGCCAGCCACUGCAUUACCGACUUCUCCAUCAACAUCUGUGUGGCCAGAAGCCACCACAGCCACAGGGCACACCCUGAAGACCUUCACACUCAACUUCACCAUCUCCAACCUCCACUAUUCACCAGACAUGGGCAACGGGUCAGCCACACUCAACUCCACUGAGCGGACCCUGCUGUAUCUGCUCGGAUCCAUGUUCCAGAACAGCAGCCUGGGUCCCUCCUACUCAGGCUGCAGACUGACCUCUCUCAGGUCUGAGCAGGACAGGGUGGGCACUAGCGUGGAUGUCAUCUGCACCUAUCGCCCUGACCCCACGCACCUGGUGCUGGAUGUGCAGCAGCUGUAUGGAGAGCUGAGCCAGCUGACCCAUGGUGUCACCCAGUUGGGCCUGUACAGCUUGGACAAGGACAGCCUAUUUGUCAAUGGCUAUGCACCCCAGCACGUGGCACCCAUCUGGAGCGAGUACCAGCUUGAUUUCCACAUAAUCAACUGGAACCUCAGCAAGGCAGAUCCCAGCUCUGUGGAGUACCUUGCUCUGAUGACGGACAUCCAGGACAAGGUCACCAGACUCUACACAGGGAGUCAACUACGAGACGUGUUCAACUCAUGCCUAGUCACCAACUUAACGUCGGGCUCUCUGUUGGUCACUAUGAAAGCACUGUUCUCCUCCAAUCUGGACCCCAACCUGGUGAAGCAAGUUUUUCUAGAAAAGACCUCGAAUGCCUCAUCCUACUGGCUGGGCGCCACCUACCAGUUGAUGGAUCUGCAUGUGACAGAAGUGAGGCCAGCAGUUCAUCUACCUACAGAAAAACCAACAAGAAGUCCCAGUUCCCAGCAAUUCCAGCUGAAUUUCACCAUCACCAACCUGUUCUACUCCCAAGACAUAGCCCAGGAAGGCAGUGCCAAAUACCAGUGGAACAAAAGAAGUAUUGAGGACGCGCUCAACCAGCUCUUCCAAAACAGCAGCGUCAAGAGUUACUUUUCCGAAUGUCAAGUUGUAGCAUUCCGGUCUGUCCCCGACAGCGACCAUACCAAAGUGGACUCCUUGUGUGGCUUCUCAUCUUUGGCUCGGAGACUGGACAGAGUCAUUAUCUAUGAGGAGUUUGUGCAGAUGACCAAGAAUGGUACUCAGUUGCAGAACUUCACCCUGGACAGGGACAGCAUUCUUGUGGACGGGUAUUCUCCAAGCAGAAAUGAUGCUGUGAUUAGGAAUUCAGACCUUCCCUUCUGGGCCAUCAUCCUCAUCUGCCUGGCUGCAUUCCUGGGACUCAUCACGUGCCUGGUCUGCUGCUUUCUGGUGGCCACCCGCCUGCGGAGGAAGGAGGGAGACUACGAGGUCCAACGCCGCCGCCUGGGCUACUAUCUGCCACAGCUGGACCUGACGAAGCUGCAGUAAUUCCUGGAACCACAGGAGCUUGGCUGGAGCAGAAAUAAACCACACUGGUGCGACACAGCCUCUGGGCCUUUCUUGACUUGGCCCCUGACUGGCUUGCAGAGACUACGAGGAAAGUUGGAAAGCCUUCCUUCCUUACUAAGCCCUGAAGUCAACUAUCAGUUGUGUUUUAUGGUUUCACACCAUGUCACCCUUCAGGGAUGCCAGGAUUGCCAUCACAUAAAAUCAACAUCCCACUUCACCAUGAGGUUUUCCCUCCUGUUCACCCACUGUAUACCUGCUAUUCUCCCCAUCACACCUAUGUCUGCUCCUCCCCAUUUCCCUACUUCCUGUAGUCCCCGUAGUCUUGAGUUUGUCUUCCUUCAUUCUCUGAAGCUCAGGUUCACCAGGAUUUCUGGAUCAGUUUUCCUGGAUGUCUCCUUACCCACCCCCAUGGAUUCUCCAAGAUGAAAAACAGACCAAGAAGUGGCUCAAAAAUGGCUCUGUAAUCAGCUUUGGGACUGGAGAGCUGAAAUGAAGAGAGGCAUUUAGGAAGCCAAGUAAUAUCAAGAUUCUAGAAGCAUAAUGUCUGCUUUGGAUAUAAAGAUGAAUAAAAGUUAGUCUUUGUUUUUCA